GGUAGGGAAAAAGGCAAAGAAAGCUCUCUAUCUCUCUACUAUCCAUUCACAUCCAGUGGAUAACGCUGGAAGUAGCAGCCAGCUAAUUCCUAAGACGUAGACUUCACACCAACCUUCCAAUUUUUACAGUAACAGUGCAACACUCACUCAAUCUUUACAGCACCGCCUUUUAUAAAGGGUGCAUCCUCCCACUUCAACCAAAAACCACUAACUGCUUCAUUCAUACUUUCCCACACCCAAUGGAAUAUGGCAGAUUGGGGCCCGCUGACCCAGGUGGCUCCUCCCGCCGCUCCACCACUCCUCUUACCAAACUACCCAUCUCUUCAUCUUCCGCAACCAGCAAAAGAAAACUCAUCAUUGUCUCAAUUCUCGCAGCCGUCUUAAUCGUCGCCGCUGCCAUCUCCGCCGUCCUCGUCACCGUGGUCCGCUCCCGCACCUCCAGUAACCAGAACGGGUCCAACCUAUCCCGCAAGCCUACUCAGGCAAUAUCCCGAACCUGCAGCAAGACACGUUUCCCCGCCUUAUGCAUCAACUCCCUCAUCGACUUCCCCGGCUCCACCACUGCCUCGGAGCAAGACCUCGUCCACAUCUCAUUCAACAUGACCCUCCGCCACGUCAGCAGGGCGUUUUUCGCCUCGUCCGGCCUCUCCUUCGCUGCCACCGAACCCAAAGUUCGGGCGGCGUACGAGGAUUGCCUCGAGCUAUUGGAGGAGUCAAUGGAAGCUCUUUCCCGAUCCCUCGACUCCAUCCUCUCCCCUUCCGCUAUAUCCGACAGCGGCGGGUUGAGACCUGGCUCUGAUGGAUCUACCGAUGAUGUGAUAACGUGGCUCAGCGCCGCUCUCACUAAUCAUGACACGUGUGCGGAGGGGUUCGAGGACUCGAGCGGGAGCGUUAAGGACCAGAUGGUUAAUAACUUGAAGGACUUGUCUGAACUCGUGAGCAACUGUCUCGCUAUAUUCUCUGCGAGUGGAAGUGGCGAUUUCUCGGGGGUGCCUAUUCAGAAUAAGAGACGAUUGAUGGAAGAAGAUGAUGAAGCUAAUGUUUCCGAUGAUAUCUUGGCGAAAUUUCCGAGAUGGUUGAAUAAACGUGAUAGAAGAUUAUUGAGUUUGCCAACGUCAGCAAUUCAGGCAGAUAUAGUGGUUUCUAAGAACGGUGACGGAACAGUGAAGACAAUUGCGGAGGCCAUUAAGAAAGUGCCAGAACACGGCAGUCGCCGGUUCAUCAUUUACGUGAGGGCAGGAAGGUAUGAGGAGAAUAAUUUAAAGGUGGGCAGAAAGAAAACGAAUGUGAUGUUCAUAGGGGAUGGGAAGGGCAAAACUGUCAUUACAGGAAAAAAGAAUGUGAUAGAUGGCAUGACCACAUUCCACACUGCAUCCUUUGCUGCUAGUGGUGCUGGAUUCAUGGCACGAGAUAUCACGUUCGAGAACUAUGCUGGACCGGUGAAGCACCAAGCGGUGGCGCUCCGCGUUGGAGCCGAUCACGCGGUGGUGUACCGGUGCAACAUCAUGGGGUACCAAGACUCACUCUACGUCCACUCUAAUCGACAAUUUUUUCGUGAAUGUGACAUUUACGGUACUGUAGACUUCAUAUUCGGCAAUGCUGCGGUCGUCUUCCAAAAAUGUAAUAUUUAUGCCCGUAAGCCCAUGGCCCAACAGAAGAACACCAUCACAGCCCAGAAUAGGAAAGACCCAAAUCAGAAUACGGGCAUAUCUAUGCACAAUUGUCGGAUCCAACCUGCUUCGGAUCUUGUACCGGUUAAGGGCAGCUUUCCCACCUAUUUGGGCCGUCCAUGGAAGCAGUUCUCCAGAACAGUGUUCAUGUUAUCCUACAUGGGUGACCACAUACAUCCUAGUGGAUGGUUGGAAUGGAAUGGAGACUUCGCUUUGGACACAUUGUAUUAUGGUGAGUACAUGAAUUAUGGUCCGGGUGCAGCUGUGGGACAACGGGUCAAAUGGCCUGGUUACCGGGUCAUUACUUCUUCUGUGGAGGCAAAUAGGUUCACGGUGGCCCAGUUUAUAUCCGGGUCAGCCUGGUUACCAUCCACUGGGGUGGCUUUUGCGGCCGGGUUAUCCGCAUGAAUUACACAGCAACGUAUAUACAGAUGAAAAUUCCAACGAAGCCUCUAACACGUUUUCAAUUCUUACGAACUAGAAAUAACAUUUCAACCACGCCUAUAUGCAAUUUAAGAAAUGGAAAAUGGAUCAUUUUUUUUUUACCAA